AUGCUGACAAUCUCAGAGACGUUAGAUCAAGAAGAAUUUCAGCGGGAGGGAUCUGGGAUGCUGGCCAACUUCCUGUCAGAGAGGAAGUCCGUGUCUUUAAAUGAGUGCAUUACUCAGUCAUACUUCUACUUCCUCUUUGCCACCACCGAGUACAUCUUCUUUGCCAUCAUGUCAUAUGACUUAUGGUGUGGAUCCUUCCUCCUCAUCCUCCCAUCCACCAUCUUGAAAGUCCGCCUGCCCUAUUGUGGGCCCAAAGUCAUCGACCAUUUCUUCUGUGACAGUGCCCCCUUCCUAUUCCUCGCCUGUGCCAACGUCACCUUCAUAGAGCUUCUUGACUUCAUCGUCUCCCUCGUGUUGCUGAUCAGCUCUCUGGCAAUGACCAUCGUAUCCUACAUCUAUGUCAUCUUCACCAUCCUCAAAAUUCCCUCAGGUGAGGGUCGACAAAAGGCUUUCUCCACCUGUGCCUCUCAUUUCACCGUGGUCUCCAUGGGCUAUGGGAUCUCCAUCUUUGUCUAUGUCCGGCCCACUCAGAAGUGCUCCCUGCAUCUCAAUACGAUCAUCUUUGUCCUCUCCAGAGUGGUCACUCCUCUCCUGAACCCCUUCAUCUUCAGCCUGAGAAAUGAAACAAUGAGGAUAGCAUUGACCGAGGCUAAUGGAAAGACCAGUUUAAAAGUAGCACCAAUGGUUGAUGUGAUCCCCAUUGAAGGGCACUACCGCUGGUUUAUGUGA